AGUUUGUUUGUAUUUAGUCUAUUCUUUUUCGGAUUUCUUUCUCUGGAUUUUAUGAGUUAAAAUGUUUCAUCGCAACGUUUCUUCACUGUUUUGAUGACUUCAUCAGGGGAAUUACGUCUAUUUAAAUAAAUUACAAGUAAAAACGUGCAAAGUUCGACCGGCCGAACUCCACCUUGGAUCGCAUUUGUCAAGUUCUUCUCCCGGUAUCUCUUUAUAGGCAAACAAAGGAUAAUGGAUAGGAGUUGCUAUGCUGUUGGAGCUAUAUCGAAUUAUUGUCUGGUUUGAAUGUUGGAGGCUAUAGUAGUAGUUAUUUUUCGAAAUUUCAGCCAAUUCGGAUACGAAUUGAGCUCUAUUGGGGCUCAGGACAUAAAAUCGAAAUUUCUCAAUACCACCAAAUUACUACAAUACAAACUACAUGCUAAGAAAUUAUGCAUAAAGUUAAAAACAUGUUGAAACACCCACCUCCCUCAGACUAUUGCCGGCUCUGUGUAAAAAGGUGCAGUGAUUACCAGCGCAGCCUCUAUGAUGGGACGGGUCAAGCCAACGAGAAUCGUGAUCUUGUGGGCAAAUAUUUUACCAACGCAAUGUUGAAUAUGGAAUGGGAGAAACAACUUCAAUAUAUCUGCGGGAAAUGUUGGCAGCACAUCUCGAAGUUCCAUGAAUUUCAGCAGUCGGUUAUUGAGGCGCAGAAGGGCCUACAUCUGAAAGAAAUUGGGGAAGUUGAGAUCAAGCCUGAGGAGAAUAUAAAUCAGCAAGAAAUACAACUGGAGUUUCAUAUUGCCCAGGAAUUGAACAUUAGCACUGAAGAUUCAAUGAAACCCACCAUCCUUAACUUUGAUAUAAAAACUGAAGAACCUUUGGAUCUCAACUGUGAAUACGAAGGUAUGACACCUCAGCAUACCCGAGGCCAGUUAAAGAAUAAAGAAAUGUCCUUGAUGUCCCAUAUGUCUAAUAGAAACGAAACUACAUCUUUGAUGAAUGACGAUGAAUUCAAUGACUAUGACUCCAAUGACGAUUUUAGCUCAAGUGAUGACAUGCCCUUAUCAUCUGUAGACCAGACCAACUUUUGCUCUUCAGAUAAAGAAGUUCCUGCUACCAAAAAGUCUGUAGAGGAGUUUAAUGAACUGGUAGCUUUGUGGCGUUCCUCCUUGAAAUGUGAAAUUUGCCAUCAGCUGGUGGCCAGCUAUUCCCAGUUGGAGGAACAUUUUAGAAAAGACCAUGCUGGAGAGAGUUGUUACCUUAUGUGUUGCCAGCGGAAGCUAGACAAUCUCUAUGAUAUCGAAAAACACGUACACUAUCACAAUGCCCCGCAGCUGCUAAGAUGUGAUGCCUGUUGCAAAGUUUUCCGCUUGAGGAAAUAUAUGAGAAGACACAAAAGAUAUUUCCACAGCAGCAAGGGAAAACAGAAAAAUGCUAAAGACAGCAAGAAUUUGGAAAAGAAAUAUCGUUGUGACAAGUGUUGGAAGACCUUUGCAACGAAAAAGCAUUUGACCGACCACGAUCGUUAUAUGCAUAAAGCCAAGACAUUGGAUUGUCACAUUUGCGAAAAAUCCUUUGACCGGCCGUAUUUACUGCGCGAACACUUGGCGGCUAGCCAUAAAGGCGAGAAGAGGCAUGCCUGCCCCGUUUGUCCCGAGGCAUUUACCCACCGACCUUAUUUCUGCCGGCACAUGCGAACAUCUCAUCCCCAGGAAUGGCAGAAGAUACAAAACGAGUCUGCCCUAAGUGAGACUAUUAAGGGGUAUCGACGAGAAACUCGGGGAGAGAGUACAGUCUAUCUGUGCAUUCAUUGUUCCAAGGAGUAUGACAAGCGCUGCUCCAUGUUUUCUCAUGUCAAGAGGAUGCACAAGCGAGCAACUCAGCAACUGGUUGACGCUAAUGGUUCAUCUUAUCCAAAAAUAAUAAAAAAGGAGCAUGCCUGCUCCUUUUGCCCCAAGGCGUAUGCCUCCCGACAUUAUUGCUGCCAACACAUGAGAACAUCUCAUCCGCAGGAAUGGAAGAAAAUGCAAAACGAGGCCUCUUCCAAAGGGUAUCGGAAACAAACUCAGGGAGAGAGUAUAGUCUAUGUUUGCAGUUAUUGUUCCAAGGAGUAUGAAAAUCGGAAUUCCAUGUACACUCAUCUCAAGCAAUGUCGACCAGUAGAGCCUAAAAAGGGGUUUCGGUGGGAAUCGAGGGACGGGAGUAUUGUCUAUAUGUGCAUUUAUUGUUCCAAGGAGUAUAAAAAUCAGCGUUUAAUGUACAAUCAUCUCAACCGAUGUCACAGAGACAAUGGAUCUUUAACGGAGCAGCCAUCCAUAGUUGCGGAACCGUUAGUAUCAGCCGAGCAGCAGCAAUCAGUUAAUAGCCACACCAAGAUAUCCGUAACGAAAACAACUGAUGUAAUCAACCCAACAACAGUUGGUCAUACUUUACAUGAGCUGGCCAUGCAAGAAGAGGAUAAAGAGUCGAUAAAUGAAAAUGCAACAAGAACUUAUGUGAAGACCGAAAAAUUUUCAACUGAAACAAAUGUUUUGGGAAAUCAGGAAAUGAAUGAGAGUGAAAUGGCACCGGAAUUUGAAGAUGCUACCUCGGAAAGUGAAGAAUUCAUUACAUCCGAAGAAGAAUUUAUUGAGUUAUAGACAGAGGCUUCAGAUCUCAACUGAUUUUGACACACCAAGCCAGGGAAAAUGCUUUUGGCAUUCAAACAGCUGGUUUCCUUUUAUAUAAUCAGCUGUCUUUGAUGUACUAAUAGGUCUAUUCGAUUACAUUUUCAGUAAACAUUUGCAACAGAUUAAUAACAGCCA